AUGAAUCUGUCAUCGGCCUUAAGUCCGAAAAUUAAGUCAAUCUCCUCAUCCAUCUACAACAUCCUGGUCCCCGAAGGCCAAGAAACGGCGGAAGCAGAGCGAGGUGAACAAGAUGCACUGGUAGCAGGUCUUGCCAUUCGCCAAAAACCCAUCGACGAACCAUAUCAACAUGAUCCCAUAAGCAUAGAUCAAAUUCGUCUUUUGGUCCUAUUUCCAUUACUACAAGAAGAGCCAUACGUAUCAUGUAACGUUAUCACGACUAACAAUGGACGUGAGGGACCGCCGCCGCCGGAGUACCAUGCGUUAUCUUACACAUGGAAGUAUGACGGAUUUGACGCUCGAGAAAAGCCAAUCCAGAUUAAUGGGAAGUGGAUGACGGUGGGAAGCAAUUUGUGGUAUGCUCUCUAUCAACUCAGUCCAAGUCGCGGGACACGAAAAUUGUGGGUUGAUGCGAUUUGUAUUGAUCAAGAAAAUGUCUUGGAGAGAAAUGACCAGGUUAUGCAGAUGGGACAUAUUUAUUCGACUGCAAAGAACGUGAUAAUUUGGCUGGGUCAUGAAGAUGGGCCUACGAAGCGGGCUUUUCAGACAAUCGAAGAAUUCGCAAAUCCGAGUUGUAUCGCAGUUCUGGAACCAUCAGAAAAUGAAGUUCAGAAAGCGACAUCAGCACUAAGUCAUUUCUUAGAUCGGCAGUAUUGGAAAAGAGUCUGGGUCAUCCAAGAGAUCGUCUUGGCGAAGUCCAUCACCAUUUACUCGGGCUAUCAUAUGCUUCAAUGGAGCGAUCUGGCAAAAGCAUGUAGAAACAGAGAUGGUGUUGGAAUUCCGCCAGAAAUGGCAAAACAGGGCCUUCGGCUCCUUCAAGACAGUAUCGCAGCAUUUUUGGAAAGAUCGAGGACGGAGCCAGAAACCGGAAGGACACUACUAAAUCUACUCCACGCAUGUCAAGACAGCCAUGCCACAGAUGUCCGGGACAUGGUAUACGGCCUUCUUGGUAUCGCAAAUGACAGUUCCUUCCUCGAAGUCGAUUAUAAGAAAUCCGCGCUCGAGCUCUGGCAAUACCUAGUCAAGCUCCAAAACAAUCCACCCGAAGGCACCAACUCCUACACCUUUUCAGGAGAUAAAAGCACAACCAUGUACUUUGCCCAAUUCCUCUGGGACGUCCUGGCCAUCUCCCCCCACGAGAUCAAAUCCCUCCCCCCAUCAAGCCCAACCCUAACACUCCAAGGCUACUGGACAGACACCAUAAUCCAACUCGGCCCCCUAGGCUCAGAAAUCAUCGCCGCCCGCCGCACAACCCAAGUGGGCAACCACCACACCUACAAAGACUGGCGGCACGAACUCAAAAUCUCCGACCCAAACUGGAAUCUCUCCGUCCUGCAAUCCGUCCACCUCCCCACAAUCUUCCACAACACCUCUCCCCUUCUCGCGGAACCAAACCCUGUAAACUCCGCAACUAUAUCCGUAUCUGACCUCAAAUUCGCAAACGCCCAACCCCGUCCCAAGGAAGCGCGGCCGUGGAAUCCGAGACCCCACGCGAAAUUGACGAGGAAUUGCCAUUUUAAACGCCAUUUAGAUCCCACGGAUCAUGAGAAGUGCUGGGAUAUCUAUCGUUUUGUCGUUACGGAGGGGGGACAGAUUGGGUGGUCUCACGAUUCAGUCAGACCCGGCGAUCUUGUGUGUCGCUUCAAGGAGACUGAUAUCGCGCUCCUCCUGCGAUCUCGCGGCUCGGGUGGGGAUGGGAAAUUUGAUGUCGUAGGCAGGAUCAUGUUGUUGAGAAAGGAAAAUGAACAGGUGGCUGUGAGGAAGGGGAGUAAAAAGGCGUUUAUGCUAAGCGUGCCGGAUUUGCAGAGAGAGACGGGCGUUGAAGUGGAUUUGCAGUUGGGGAUCCAGACGUUGGCUUAUUUGGCGUGUUUUUUUAGGCCGACGGCUGAGAAGGAUUAG